CAGCCGUAGACCGGACCUGGUGCGCCGAAGUCGACAUUCUUGUCCGCAUUUAGGCUGUGGCACCCUUAGUCGCGUAAUCUCCGGUUCCACUUCUGACUGCAAUCAAGCCAUUCCGCUCCUCUUGUCUCCAGUCCCACCCCUUCCCCCACCAAAGUUCACACGCCAUCACCGCUAUCACCGCCAUUGCCAGCGGUGAGACCACUCGCUAUCUCAAUCUCGUCGACAUUACUUCCAUCAUCUCAUCAUCUGAAGCUCGUGCGUUCGACCGAUCCCUCAUUUCAUUCUCGAGUGUCAAAGAGAUCGAGGAUUCGGAUUGCGGCCCAAGCGGAGACCGUUCUUAUUGUCAUCCCCUCGACCAACAUACGAAAUUCCCCCAGAGCCACCUCACACGCAGUACUGUCAUCGAGUCGGCCAUUCCGCUCAUCCCUGAAAAAAUGCGACCAGAUCCAAUGGAGCCUUUUGGCACCCAGUCAGACACACAAUCUCCGACAGCAUCUUCGAGUACCACAAGGGUAUCGGCCAGCACUCGCCCAAUUCGAUCCUCGGAAGAUUCGUGGAUCGAGAUCUCCUCUCACCCAUCCUCGUCUUCCUUAUCGUCCACGUUGAACGAUAUUGUCACUACGGGCCUUCAUGUUCGUUCUGACACCGAACGAUUGUCCCGGCAAUUCCGUUCCUCGGCUCAUUCCAUUCCUCAAGAGCCUCGAGCCAUCAGCGCUGCAGGAAGUAGCCAAGACGAAUAUGAGGAGAGUGGAAGUGAGAGCGAUCAUGUCCUGAGCAGUUCCAACGAAGACAUCACCCAGCAGGACGAUGAAAAUGCCGAUGACGAUGACACAUCAACCGCUCUAGGUGUUGGCAGCCUAAAGCCCGUCUUCACACCGCAGCCUCACGCAUUCUCACAACCCGUCUCGUCAUCAUCACACGAUCGGCCCAACCUAGACUCGUAUUUCCCUCCUGUAUCGUCGUCCGCCCGAUCCCGUGACCAAGGUCGUCAUUCUGAUCGAACAAUCACUCAGAGGAGUUAUCAACGACAGAGCCAGACGAGAACUCGUUCGGAUAUGUCUUCAUAUCAACCAGAUCAUGACGCUGCUCUCCGCGCAUCUCUCACUACUCUUCUCUCCUGCGCUGCCGCAGUCCGACCAAAAACUUCACAGGAACCACGCGCUGGCGUGUCUUCUCAACCAACACGGCCUGUAACAAAUCAGCCUGCAGUUCUACGACUAGUCCCUGAAUCAGAAUUAAAUUCUCCUUCGCAAAGAAAUACCGCUCCUAAAGCGACAUCGUCUCCUAAGCAAGUCAAGCGGAAGUCACGAGAGUCGAGUAAAGACCGGCAGGCGAAGAAGUCCCGUGCUGCGGCGAGCCGAGCUGCCGCUCUCUCACAAGAUGAAUUUAUCAGUCCGACGCUUGCAUCUUGGAUGAUUUCGGCCGGUGUGGUACUCGUCUUUUCGGCCAUCAGUUUCAGUGCUGGAUAUGCAUGGGGUCGUGAAGUUGGCCGAAUUGAAGGAGAAAUGGGCAUCACAUCCGGCAGCAUAUCUGGCGCCAACGGCCUUGGUGGUGCCAGCUCUUGCGGACAAGAGACUCUGCGAUCCACCGGCAGUGGAUUAAGAAGACUCAGAUGGGGCGCGGGCAGUAGCAGCGUCCGGGCUUGAGAAAAUGGUGUGGAGCAGAUGAUUAUUCUGAUACCCUCCUCUUUCAAACAGCACGUCCAGGAGCCAUCUUCGACCUGCGAGAUUUAUAUCAUCAUGAAUACUCGCAUGUCAUCAAAAGCAAGUCUGCAUGUCUGAGGCCCUUGAUGGAUGAAUGAGAAUGGUGGAUUUUGUCCAUGGACAUUCUUCCGGACUGCCUGGCACUAUCCGCGGAGAUGAGCAGAGACGUGGUAUUACGCGGCAACGCCUUUGAUUGAUUACAUCCAAUGACGCAUUGAAUUUUGGGGGGCACACGACACCAUACACGAAGCAUGAAUGAGGUCACGAGCAUGAGCAUUGAAAUUGGGGGUUAUUUAGUCAUUUGGGGAUGGAGGGUUAGGUCCAUAAGAUGACACCAGGUUUAUUGAAUUCUGAUUCACAAGGUAGUUAGUUAGUCUAGGGAUAUACUGGUACCACACUGACGUCCAUCGGCCUCGGUGUCUUUGGAAUAAAAUUUAUGUUGGUGACCGAGA